AUGCUGGAAACACUCUUACAAGCUGAAGAAGUGGCUAGAACAGUCGACUCAAUAUCGCAGCAAGAAACUAGCACCAAAGAAGGCAGCCAAAUUGAACGCUUAAUUGAAGCAAUUACCUGCAGUCAACAGGUACCUGCUCAAGCAACAGGCACUAACGCUUCACUUAAUAUUUCACAACAACAGUCACUUCAAGCACAAAUGAAAACAUUGACACAGAUAGGCCUUUCUCGAUUAUGCUAGCAUUUUUUUCGGCAUUUUUUGGGAAAACGAGCAUUUUUUCGUUUUUUCUUGAAAAAGAAUUGAUAGCAUUUUCUGUCAUUUUUCAUGACUGUGAUCCAGAUUACAGCACUCAGAAGGGUGUUUUCAAUCCUGAAAGCCUCAUUCAAUGAGCAGCAAGAUUGCGCUCUCGUCGAUUACACUCAAGCCAGUGUGAUGGCAUAAUACAACAAGCGAUAAGCGCUCGCAACUGCUUACAGCAUACUGAAACGUAAACGUUUUAUAUGAGUUAGAAGUCGAACAGAAUUGUGCUAGCCUAGGUUGUGUGUACCCAGCGCAUGGUAGUGCUCCAAAUAUGACUGUUUAGUGGCUGUUGGCUGGAAAAGUUUUAAUUCUGACCCCAAGUUUUAUAAACAAACAAUUAUUAAGUAUCACCUGUUGUUGAUAUGAGCAUAUAAUGUAAGAGUUUGUACGUUUUGUUUGAAAUAAAACAAAGCAUUUUUUGGAAUUCAAGUGGCAUUUUUUAAAGAAAUCAGGCAUUAUUUUAGUAUUUUUUUGGCUUUAUGCGAAAAUUUCUAGUAGCAUUAAAUGCCAGAUUUACUAGCAUAAUCGAGAAAGGCCUUAACACAGAAGCUAAGUGAACUUACACCUACAGUUACCAAGUCAGAUAAAGUUGCCGCUUAUUCAGAGCCACAAGUGGAUUUCCCAAGUAAGAUUGAGGAACUCACUAAACUUAUGAAACGCAUGGAAGGAAACUUUCAGGAUCAAAUUGCCAGUUUGGAUAAGAGGAUGGACACAUGCAUCACUGGUCUUGCUCAACAUCAGCGAGAGACUCAUAACACUAGGGAGCUAUCAAAAGAUGGCCAACCCUAUUAUGUAUGUGGUUUGCCUGGCCAUUAUCAAAACAGUUGUCCGCGACAGAACAACCUUGAACGUGAACGACCGUCGGUGCCCAGGUACGUGCUGCCUGCACCUGAUAACUACACACAAUAUUCAAGUGGCCCUCAAGCACGACAGUGA